AUGACGGAAGGAAUCAGUAUGGGCCCAGACACAAUCAAGACUAUCCCGCAUUGGUCCACCCCUCGAUCGGUGAAAGACGUCCGCUCGUUCUUUGGAUUUUGUCACAUCUACCGAAUGUUCAUUACGGGAUUCAGUCUGUUAGCGUCACCACUGAAUAUGCUAACAAAGAACGGAGUCGUCUUCCACUGGACGGCCGCAUGCCAACGAGCAUUCCAAACUCUCAAACGCAAGUUCAUCACUGCACCGGAACUCGCCUCCCUCGACCCGCAGCUUGAUAUUUAUCUCGAAUCGGAGGCAUCAGAUUUCGUUGUUGCAGGGGCGCUGGAACCAGUCUUCUCCUUCUCAAAAAACAUAUCUCCCGCGGAAUGCAACUACGAGAUCUCCGAUGCAGAAGUGCUAGCUAUUGUACGCGAUUUCGAGGAAUGGAGACGGAAUACAUCACCGUCGACCAAAGCGGAAUGA